AUGAUCUCACCCUGUCAAUUAUUGUGUUUAGCCCUACUCUUCAUUGGCAUUCUGAUAGCAAGACGGUUCCUAACAUCACACGUACAGGAUAAGAAAAAGGCACAACUAUGGGCAAAGCUUGACAUGGUCGGUGUCUCUUCCGGUGGCAUAUUCCCAUGGACACGAGCUUUGCUGCGGUCCUUGACGUCGACGCAGCAUAAUGUGCAUACUGGCUAUGAAAAAUUCUCCAGAACGCAGAAAUUACCGUUUGCUCUGCCCACAGUCUGGACAGGCGAUGCGGUGGUAGUUUUGCCACCUUCAAUGCUGGAUUUGCUUCAUAAACCCGACAGCGAAUUAAGGUCCUUUGAGGCCCAAAUCGAGACUCUUGGACUUCCUUACAUGAUCUCUGACCGCGACGUGUACAUGAAUGUCAUUCACUUCGACGUCGUGCGGAAACACAUGGGGGAAAAUAAGGAUCUCGACUCCCUAGCUGCUGCAACAGCCGAGGAACUUGAUAUUGCCUUCCGAGAAUGUUGGGGCACAUCUAAAGAUUGGACGACUCUGAAUAUGUGGGACACUUGUGGGCGCAUUCUCACUCGCGCAGCAGCAAGAAUUCUUAUAGGACUUCCCAUGUGCCGGGAUGAGACCUUCUUCGAGCGGUCCAGACAAUUCGCCGACUCUGUUGUUAUGGGCUCGGCCAUGAUCAAUUGCUUCCCACCUCGCAUGAGGGGUCUGAUAGGACCAUUGGUGGCACUGCGAGCCAAAUAUUAUCACGCUCGCUGCCUCGAGAUCCUAGUGCCUAUUGUCGAAGAGAGACUGAGGGUUUGGAGAACAAGUCAAGCAGUGGACAGUUUUCCGAACGAUUUUCUCCAAUGGAUUAUUCCUCUUUGCGCCAAACAAGGCCCGGACGAACUAAAUCCAGUCCGAAUCGCGACUCGGCUUCUUACGGCCAACAUUAUGUUUGUUGUUGGAAUGGUCUAUGUCUUCGCUCACUGUGUGCUCGAUAUCUACGACAGUCCAUCCAAAGAGGACUUUAUCAGCGGCUUGGAGGCGGAGUGCAGACUAAUUCACGCAAGAUACAACGGCCUUUCAACGAGACAAGCUGUCGAUCGUCUCUAUAGGCACGACUCAGCCAUUCGCGAAUCUAUGCGUCUUUCUGACUUCAACGUGGCCGGGCUUGCUCGGGACGUAGUCUCGAACGAAUUAGAUUUGGGCAAUGGAAUUCGCAUUCCCCGAGGAGUCCGGAUGGUCUUUCCUACACAGUCAAUACACCAGGAUACCAAUUUUUACGAUGAUCCACUGAUUUUCGACGCUUUUCGUUUCUCACGCAAGUUCGAAGGUCUGGCGGGAACGGCCGCGCACGCGUCUCAACGCGAGUCUCUUACAUUCAUCACCCCCUCCUUCCUCGUUUUCGGGUAUGGGAAGCACACGUGCCCUGGCCGGUGGUUCGCCGCGCAGACUAUGAAGCAGGCUCUUGCUCAUAUUAUUAUGCACUACGAUGUGGAAAUAGUAAAGAAACCAGGCAAGAGAAGAAGUCUGUUAAGCAUAAUGUUGCCUCCGACGAGUGCUCAAAUCAGGAUCAGACGGCGAACAUGAGUGAGGCCAAACAAGGGUUCCACUGCUUCUACAGAUUCAAACGAUGCCAAGCAAUAACCACAUUGAGUUUGCCUAGCCCAGAUGCUCGACACGUGUCGGAUGAACUUGAAAGGUGUAUUGGAAGUUGAUGGGUAGCGUGGCGGGGUCAACAUGAGACCGUUAACCAUGUAGCAAUUACUUCAAGGUCUGUUGAAUUUAUGUCCGGGGCGGCUUGUUUGAUUCCCUAGAUG